ACACGCUGUUCCGUUCGUUUGUAAAUAUUUUUAUUUCUCAUAAACUGCAACCUGGAAAGGAAACAACGUUUUGUAGUGUUUAAAAGUUCAAAAUUCCCGUAAAUAAUGUCCUCCGAUGGGUCGGAAGAAGUGGCCACCGUAGGUUUUCAGAUAAUUGCCCUGGCAAACGAAAAACCGGGCGGUGUGAACAAUGACGAUCUGAUGGCUGCGCUACCGGAUGUAAAACCAGAAUUGCGGGUUCAGGCUUUGAAUAAACUGCUGCAGGAGGGAGUGUUGGAACUGUUGAAGAAAGGACAAUCGCUGAUCUACCGGCUGAAAGAUCCUACCAAGAAAUCCACCGCACCGAAAGACAUUGAUAACGAGGAGAAAAUCAUCUAUAAUGUCAUCGAAGAAGGUGGCAACAAGGGCAUCUGGAUUCGGGAUAUUCGCGUCAAGUCUAACCUGAUCAUGACCCAGUUGAAUAAGGUGCUGAAACAACUGGAGAAUAAAAAGCUGAUUAAAGCCGUUAAAUCAGUUAAUGCCAGUAAAAAGAAAGUCUACAUGCUGUAUAACCUAGAACCGGAUCGCUCAAUUACAGGAGGAGCCUGGUAUCAGGAUCAGGACUUCGAGGCAGAGUUUGUAGAUGUUUUGAAUCAGCAAUGUUUAAGGUUUCUUCGUAUGAAAAAGGAAGCGGCUAAGGAAUGUCGAGACGGUCCGUUAGCUGUUCAGAAGCUAUCCUACUGUUCGGUUGUCGAUGUGCACAAAUUUAUCUCUGACCUAGGCAUUAGUAAAAUAAGCCUGGACGAAGACGAUCUCGAAACGAUCCUGCGAACGGUAGUUUACGAUGGGAAAGCAGAAUCAAUUCCGACUGGUGAUGGUAAGUAUCUUUACAAAGCAGUGGAAAGUCCUCUGCCCUCACCAGGUCUGGUGCAGAUGCCGUGCGGAAUAUGUCCAGUUAUUAAGAACUGUUCGGAUUGUGGGGAAAUUACACCGAAGCUGUGUUCAUACAUUAGCGAGUGGUUGGAUUAAAGACUGGUUUGGAGAAA